UCUUAGGAUCAUGAUAACCAGGACAGACAAAUCCCACAUUCUGCAGGAGUAGGCAGUAAACAAGCCUUGCAGUAGUCAACACAACUGCUGGUGUGCGAGCCCAAUUGAUCCCUUUGUAAGAGAAAUACUAUGCUAAUGGACAAAGGCUGUAAUAACUGACAUUUUGUGUUGUUGAUGAUUACAUUAUACUAACGAUUAGCCAUCUAAUUGAAUGAGUGUAUACUUCUAUGGUAAGUCUCUAGAAGUAUUAGGGUAAAUACCACCAGGGCCCCAUAGUCAGACCUCAGAUGAUGGUAAACCUCUCUUGAGAUGUUGGAACUACAAAGUGCUUCCCCCGUCUCCUUCCUCCUUCUCACACAUGUCCCGCCCCCUCUCUCUUCAACCCCAUCAGCUGAUUGGCUCCAUCAUCGGGCGCCAGGGCACCAAGAUCAACGAGAUUCGCCAGGUGUCGGGUGCGCAGAUCAAGAUAGGCAGCCAGCUGGACAGCAGCAGCGACCGACACGUGACCAUCACUGGAACACCAAUCAGCAUCAACCUGGCCCAGUACCUCAUCACUUCCUGUUUAGAGACCGCCAAAUCCACCGCCCAGUCCUCCUCCAUGUCGGCCCCUGUUGACCUCAACAUGAGCUUCACCACCCAGCCCGCCCCUCCUCCUCCUCCCGCCGCAUCCUCCGCAGCCUUGGCAGCGAUGGGAGCUCUGCCCCACGCUCCCAUGAUGGGCGCCCCCUAUGCCCUCCCCUUGUCCAGCCUCCUGGGAAUGAAAUCCUACCCCUUCCUGGCACUCUCCUCCCCCUCCGCCACAGCUGCCGCCGCUGCCAGCGCCCCUCCGCACGCCGCCCUGGCCUCCUACACCGCCAAGAUCUCCUCCGCCAACGGCAUCAAGAAACCAGAGCGCCAGAAGUUCGCUCCCUACUGAAGUUCCCCGCUUUCCUUUCCCCCCCCCCACCCCCCCCUCGUCCUCCGCCGCCCAAGUCCGUCCCGAGGAAUUGUUGCCGCCGUCGACCACUGUCCGUCGUCCAAUAGGACGACCUCCUGGAGGGGAAGGGCUGUUUGUAGUUCUUCCGUCUUGCCUGAUGAUGUAGUUACGUAGUUUCAACGAAGAAAAAAAAAAAGAAGAAAAAUUAAAAACAGUGUGUUUUGUAGCUUGUCCCUGACUACGGUUCAGUGAGAGCCAGGAGAGCUGGUUGGUAUAGCUAGUCAUAACCAUAUUUAUCUUACUGGCCAAGGAAGCCACUCGAGCAAGCCAUAGACUAUAUCUUCCUCUCUUCUUCCCUUCUUUUCCUCCUUCUUCUCUUUUCUCCUCUAACUCUCCCUUCUUCUGUUCUGUUUAUUGAUCUGUACGAGCGAUUCCUGCUGAGAGAGUUUAUGACUGCCACACUGUUGACUGAUGCUGGGCUGCACUGAGGCAGCUUUUACACAGCCCUGCAAGUCUACGUCUGCUCCUGUACACUACUUCCUGUCUACUUCCUACGUCCUACUUCCUGACAGUUUCUUCUUCUAUAGUUUUUUAAGUAUUUGAUGUAAAAAAGAAAAGAAAAAAAAAGGUUUCUGAAAGCAAAUUUUACGUUUUCUUUUUAUUUUCUUGCUAGUUUUUAAGUGCUUUUUGUCACAUUGAUUUGAAAUGUGUUUAAUUUAUUUGAUUAAUUUAUUAUGAUGAGUAUUACCUUUAUGAAAAAAGAAACACGUUUUGGGAUUGGGUAAUAUUUUUUUUUUUUUUUUUUGGGGGGGCAGCAGGUUACAAACUAUAUACUGUCUACUACCAGUUUAUUAUGUCUAGUUCUAAAAGUUUGACUCAGUGACAAAUGUUUUUUUUCUUCCGUCCAACCACAUGUGUGGUAUUUCCUAAUGAGCGUUUAAUAACAGGAUGUUUUCGUUAGCUAGAAAAGUAGUGUUUUCACAACUGAUUUGUCAACACCAUGAAACAUGCAGUACAAACAUGCUAGUGCUGGGGACUACACGUGUGUUCACAUGUCGGAUCUAUGACGAUGCAGAAGGCCUCUUUCUGGGUGCGCUAGCAGUGCUUCUGUCUCCAAGGUCUGUCCUACUGACAUCCUAUGCAUGGUAACUGCCCUGGACGGAGCCCAAUGCUGCAUGUUUGCUUGGCCUCACUCACACACACACACACAUUAGCACACAAAUAUUUGUUAAUACACACACCACCACACACACACACAUUACCACACACUCUCUUCCUAUCUUUCUCACACACACACACACACACACACACACAAACACACAAACACACAAAACACGCACACACACAAAUGCCUGAGUCUGUGCAUUGGCAGGUCUCCAUAUUCGCCACUGUUGACAAGGUGAAGCAAUACUAACCAUGUAGAGAGGCAGAGCAGUAGCACUGGACGCCCCAGAUGCCCCAGACACAGACGGAUACUGUUGCCAACAUCCACUGUAACUAACUCCUAACUAUUCAACUCAAUGGACUGUAAUGCAUAGAGUCAUCUGUUUGUUUCUCUGUUCUUGUUUUUUAAUGAUGAAUACGCGGUAUAUGAACUCACUUAUUUUUAUAAUAAUCCCAGAUGUGAUGAAAACUGUGUGGACACUAGUAACAAUUCAUGAUUCAUUGUUAAAAAAAAAAAAGAAAAAGAAAAUACACUUUUGUUGUUUUUGUUUAUCAAACCUUCAUUCAGUUUUAUUGAUUUGCAUGAGUUCAACUUGAAUUGAUGUCUAUGCAAACCUGCGUGUCUCAAUGGUCUAGCCUGGUACUCUACCGGAAGCUACUGCAGUGAAAGGGCUAUGAGGCGGGAUACAAUUAGACCUGAGACAAACACUGUGAAAUACUGUCUGGGGGUGCACUUGAUUCGAUGUACUUCGCUCCAUACAGUGAGUAUCUCAAUGGGAUGUUCCCUGAAGGGCAAACUCUUGAGGUAAAUCAAAUGCAGCUGAAGACUUUAUAAACAGUGUUUGACCCAGGCCCAGGCAUUGACCAUAACUUUGUGGACCAUAUAGAAAACAUGAUAAUGAUACAACCCAUGCUCUCAUUCCUUACCUACACUGAUAGAGCACCACUGUACGGUAUUCGAGACAAUGCAGUUGGAUUUGGGGGGGGGGGAAAGUAAUAGGACACUCCAAUAUUGCACUUGAUAUUGAACAUGAGUUAUCCAUCCUCGUGGUUAUUGUGUCAUUCAGUUCUGUUUUGUUGUGUCCCCCCCCCCCCC